AAGAUGGUCCACCUCAUCCGCCACGGCCAGGGCUACCACAACCUCCUCGGCGACGUCUACCGGGACUUCGGGCGAUCCGACGCGCCGCUGACGGCUCUUGGAAGAACCCAGGCCAAGGGUCUGCGGGUCGCGACGAAGAUCCUGAGCGGCAUCGAGCUCGUCGUCGUGUCGCCGCUGCGCCGCGCCGCGGAGACGGCGGCGUUGUCGAUGCCGCACCUGAGGACCGUCGUGCCCUGGGUCGGCCACCCGGCCGUCCAGGAGACGUCGGGGAAGCACACCUGCGACCGGCGCCGCGACCGGUCCGAGAUCAAGGACGACUUCCCCUGGGUCGACUGGGGCCUCGUCAAGCCCGAGCGCGACGGCGUCUGGACCGCGGACCGCGAGCAACCGAAGGCCGUCAGCGACCGGGCCUACGCCUUCCUCCUCUGGCUCCGCGAGCGGCCCGAGCGCGAGGUCGCCGUCGCGACGCACAGCGCCUGGCUCUUCACGCUGCUCAACUCCUGCGUCGACUGCGCGGACCCGCAGCUCGCGGCCUGGUUCCUCACGGGCGAGCUGCGCUCCGUCGUCCUCUCCUACGAGGACUACAUCCUCUCGGAC